UGUCAGAUGUUUAUAUUCAGUUGACCUGCCGUUAGCUGCUAGCAUUAGCUUAGCAGGUAUUCUUAUUUAUUAGGAUAAGGUAUUGUUUCACAAUUUCUCUUGCUUGCACAAUAUACGAUAUGUUAUAUCAAUAGAGAUAGAGCGGGAUCUCACUAGCAUUGGACGUUGAAGUGAUUACAAUCUUGCUCGCGCCUGCACGUGAAGUUUACUUAGUUGCAUGCAGUUAGCUAGCCAAGUUUAUGAAAAUAAUUUGUCUACAUUUUCUGGAAAGAUAAUAUAAAUGUUGAAGAUACCUUGGUCGUCGGUGCAACAAAGAGGUGACGGUGCAUAGGAGAUGCGCUCUGUGCUUCUGCGCCUGACUUUAGUCGCGGUCCCUAUGGGUUUGCUGGUUUCCAGAAGUAUGGCGUGGAUGUCUAGCGGCAAGACACAUGCGGAACUCGUCACCCGUUUGAGAGAUCAUGGGGUGAUACGCACCGAUCCGGUAUUCAAUGCCAUGCUCGCUACAGACCGAGGCAUUUACUCCAGAGACUACCCCUAUGCAGAUUCUCCACAGUCCAUAGGUUACAAGGCUACCAUCAGUGCACCGCAUAUGCAUGCCCAUGCUCUGGAAGUCCUUGGUGACAAGCUUACAGAUGGCGCCAGGGCUUUGGAUGUUGGCUCUGGAAGUGGAUACCUCACUGCUUGCUUUGCCAGGAUGGUUGGGCCGGCAGGGAAAGUGGUUGGGAUCGAUCACAUUGAUGAACUGGUGCAGAGAUCAGUGAGAAACGUUGAAGCUGAUGACCCUGAGCUGCUCUCCUCCGGUCGGAUUAAGCUUAUAGUGGGUGAUGGCAGAUUGGGCUAUCCUGAAGAGGCCCCGUAUGAUGCCAUUCAUGUAGGGGCGGCAGCAGCAACUAUCCCGAAAGCUUUGUUGGAGCAGCUGAAGCCUGGUGGGAGGCUGGUGCUCCCGGUGGGUCCAGAGGGAGGCAGUCAGGUUCUGGAGCAGUACGACCGCCAGACCGAUGGAACCUUCCUCAAGAAGGCCCUCAUGGGGGUGGUGUACGUGCCGCUCACAGACAAGCAACACCAGUGGCCUAGCGGUGAGCUCUGACUGCAGUGUGGUUGCCCCUGAUAGGUGGCGCUGGUGCUGCAGCUCUGGGUGCCUGUAAGGCAGGAGAGGAGAGGAGAGGAGAAGAGAGGAGAGGAGAAGAGAGGAGAGGACAUGGCAAGGCUCGACUAGACUCGACUCGACUCUAAUUCACUCAUCCAGCCUCUGAUCGCUGCCUAGCAACACUCCCAGGCCCGCACCACACCAGCCAGCCAGCUCUUGCGCUUGCUCUUGCAACCACUGAACUAAAAGAAUACUUAGAGUUCAGUGCUUGCAGCUCGUCUUCCUCACUUGGUGCUCACUGACCAGACCACGGCGACAGAAACUAAGGGAUGCUGCAAUAGUGCCCCUGUAGGAGAAUUUUAUGUUGAUUGAGAUCUGAUAGGGAAGGAGCACUGUGAUUUUUUUUCACUUUGCGUUUCCCCUUUCUGUGUUUUCAGUUUGAAGAAGACUAAAAUUAUUGAUUGAAAAUAAUUUGGUGUGCACCUUUGAACAUGUAACAUUGCUACAUUUUUGUCUGUGACUUGUUUAAUUUUAUCCCAUGGAAGGAUAGGUUUCUACCAUUAAAAAGGUACUUAUAUGUUGAGCAUAUGUAUUAAGUGUGUAUGAUAUUUCUGUGCUAAAUCUUGACUACCUUAGACCCAAAAAUAGGAUGAUAAAAUAAUGCAUUUAAUAAGAAAAUAUGCACUUGCUGAAUCCACAGUGAAUAGACCUGGAAGAGGCCACUAUUUCAUUUGCAGUAUUGAUUAAAGCAUUUUGUUUUUCUGAUAACAAUGAAAAUACUAUGAGAUCUGGCUGUUCAUGAGUUGUGUACAUUUCAUAUUCAUAAAUAAAAUUAAAUAACAGCUCUGUUCUACAAGUCGCUUGCUUGGAUUUUUGUUUUAAAUGUUAUUGAAAAUGUAUUGAAAAUGUGUAAAUUCAAGUUCAUUCUUACAUCUUACAUCAUAAAUGGACACACACACACACACACACAGUUCUUGCUUGGCCAUUUU